AUGAAAGACCAGCCCGCAGCGAUCUAUGACCGCAUGUUUAUUGGUUUCAGUCUGUGGCCACAGACGUUAUAAAAUUAAAGAAAAACUAUAUCUUCUUAUCUUUUUUGUGCUGUUAUUUUGUUUGGAGACUGAAUAAGAUCAUCGCCUCUGCGUCCUAGGCCAACAGCAUUAUGACCUCCCAGAUCGACAAGACAAUUGCUCGGCAGCAAGAGAAGAUCGCCGCCGGAGCAUACUAUGAAUCCCACCAACAACUUCGUGUCAUCGCUGCCCGAUACCUGAAACAAUCAAACUAUGAUGCCGCUGCCGAACUACUUGCUGGGGGCGCGAUCGCGCUAUUAAAAGCUGGAGCUCAGCAAGGUGCCUCCGCUAGUGGCGGUGAUCUCGCGAUUAUGCUUGUGGUUGAUGUGUAUAACAAGGCUGAGUGGGAGCUUUCCGACGAUGAAGUAGGCAAUAAGAGAAGACAGCGUUUAAUCGAUAUUCUGCAAGAGUUCCCACCCGAAGAGCCUACGAGAAAGAGAUAUAUAAAUGAAAUGAUUGCGUGGAGUGCAAAGUUUGGAUAUAUUGAAACAGGCGACCCAGAGAUGCAUCAUGCUGUUGGGUCUAUCUAUGCUGAAGAAAACGAAGUGUAUGACGCAGAACGACAUUUGGCUUUAGGGACAGCCGACUCGGCGGAGAUACUAGCACGACUAGAGUACACUUGGUAUACUCACGAUGCGGUGCACACAGCAGGAAUAUAUGCAGCUCGUGCAGUAUUCCCUUAUCUACUGACUGGAAGCUUUCGAAACGCGAAUAAGGCAUUUUUGAUUUUCAGAAACCAGUUAUCAUCGUCCCCAACAAGCCAUGCCCUCAAUGUCCAAGAAGUGAGCAGUCAGAGUAAUGACGUUCGCGUUUAUCCAUCACUACCACUGCUAAAUUUCACAAGUUUGCUGCUGCUGGCUAUUCAACGCGGAAAUGCAGACUCGUUCAAGCAGUUGCUAAGGCACUAUGCGACGUAUAUCCAGGAAGCAGGAGAAUGGGACCAGGCGCUGGCUCAUAUCGGGGAGGUUUAUUUUGGCAUAAGGAUACCCAAACAGUCGAAUCCUUUAAUGGAUAUGAUGGGAAUGUUCUUUGGCGGAGGUCCUCAAGGUGGAAAUAGGUCAAAGACGCCGCAACGAUCCAAAGCCGCGAAGCAGGUUGAUGCUCCGCCAGUGUCGAUGGAUUUGGAUUAGGUUGGAAUGCGACCUUGGAGAUACCCUGUCGAUUAAAUGUGACUGAAAAGUAGAGUGGGGCGUAAAGGCGCAGCAGCCGUGAGUGCUUAUGUGUGGCUUCCACCUUCUAUUUCAAACAUCCACCUGUCUUCAUCUAGCAAGGCGACUCUAUUCUUGAGACUUUGU